AUGACCCAAAACAUGCUGACUGUGAAUGGAGUCGAUGUGGCCUCUACGCUGUCCCAGCCCACUGACAUCGACAUCCACAUCCACCAGGAAUCUGCUUUGGCACAACUGCUAAAAGCUGGGAGUUCCCUGAUGAAGCGUCUCUCCCACCAUCCUGCCAAGGCCAGGAUAAGCUAUGGACAGCUGGCACUAGGGGUGACCCAGAUAUUGCUGGGGGCUAUGAGCUGUGCUCUUGGAGGGCUUCUCUACUUGGGGCCCUGGAUUCAGCUGCGUGCCUCAGGCUGUGCCUUUUGGACAGGGUUUGUGGCCAUUGCAGCAGGAGUUGGGGCCAUUGUCCAUGAGAAACGCUGGGGCAAGCUUUCAGGCUGCAUAUCAAGUCUGCUCACGCUGGCUGGCAUUGCCACGGCCGUGGCCGCCGUUGUCUUCUGUGUGAAUAGUUUAACCUGGCAACCUGUCUUCUAUGACGUCAGCUCCGUGUGUGAUCCCUUAGUCCCUGACACCCCCACCUUUGGGUACGAACAGACUAGACGAAGCAAUUCCCAUUCAUCGUGGAGGGAGAGGCACUGCAGAAACUACAUGCGAAUGCUGAGGAAUUUGUUCCUAGGAAUCCGUGGUCUGCUCCUGGCCAUCUGUGUCCUGCAGGUCAUUGUAUCCUUGGCUUCCCUGGGCGUGGGUCUCCGACGCUUCUGUGGCCAGAGCUCCCGGGCCCUGGAUGGAGAAGGGUCAGAGAAGAAGCUGUGGGGGGAGAAUUCAGUGCCUCCCUCUCCCCAAAGGAAGAACAGCACAGCUGUUGUCCUGUGA